GUUUUCGAAGCGAAUUAACUCGAAAACAAGCAAACAUUAAAUUCAACAAGAAAGCCUCCUUGUUAUCUUAAAACUUAGCUCAUUAAUUCCCCCAAACUUUCUUCCUAUAAUAUAGUAGUACACUUCAACCAAUUCUUUGUAUAUCACAUUAUUCGGUUUAGAUAUUUGGAUUUUGGGGCUAUGGCUAUAGAGGAGAAUUGUGUAAUUGAUCAAAAACCGGUAACGCCAACGCCGGUGGAGUUUAAAGGGACGGAUUCUGGUACUAUGCUGCACACCGUAGUUGCGAUGGUCCUAUGGCUUGGCUCUGUCCAUUUCAACUUCAUAAUAAUUGUUGCUUCUUUUGUCUUUCUUCCUUUCUGCAAAGCACUCGCAGUGAUAGGAAUAUUGCUUAUACUUAUGCUGAUUCCCAUUGAUGAGAAAAAUAAAUGGGGAAGAAGAUUAGCCAGGUACAUCUGUAAGCAUGCUUGUGGAUAUUUUCCAGUGCAUUUGUAUGUGGAGGACAUCAAAGCAUUUGAUCCUAAUGAGGCCUAUGUUUUUGGGUAUGAGCCGCAUUCUGUUUGGCCUAUUGGAGUGGUUGCGCUUGCUGACCUUACAGGUUUCUUGCCUCUUCCAAGAAUCAAAGUGCUUGCGAGUACUGCUGUCUUCUAUACACCUUUCUUGCGGCAUAUCUGGACAUGGUUAGGACUUGCACCUGCAUCAAGGAAAAAUUUUAAAUCCCUCUUGGCAUCUGGUCAUACCUGCAUCAUAGUACCAGGUGGAGUUCAAGAGGCAUUCUAUAUGGAGCAUGGUUCUGAGAUUGCCUACCUUCAAAGAAGAAAAGGAUUUGUACGAAUUGCUAUAGAGACCGGCAAACCACUGGUUCCUGUUUUCUGUUUCGGCCAGACUGAUGUCUACAAGUGGUGGAAGCCAAGCGGGAAACUGUACUUGGAAUUCUCUAGGCUCAUUAAGUUCACUCCAAUUCUUUUCUGGGGCGUUCUGGGCUCUCCAAUACCAUUUCAGCGACCUAUGCAUGUUGUAGUUGGUAUGCCAAUUGUGCUGAAGAAAAAUUCUGAGCCAACCACUGAAGAGGUCGAUGAAGUGCACAGUAGAUUUAUUGAGGCACUGCAAGAACUUUUUGAAAGGCACAAAAAGAGGGUUGGCUAUGAGGAUCUCCCUCUGAGAAUUCUUUAAUGUUAUUAUGACUCUGCAUUAGUGCGUAUCAUUUGUAUCUGUUCUUCUGCUGGGUUGAUUUGUAUAACUGGGAUUUAUUCCUUUCUUUUCUUACUCACUCUCUCCGUGUGUGCCUCCAACUGUAUGCAUGUGCAAGUCUUGUAGAGGGAUGGAGAUUAGGAAGAAAGAAACGAAUUUAUAGUUAUGCCAUGCUUCUUAUGAUGAAGAAAUUUGCAACA